AUGCUUUCCUCCCAAAACUCAAAGGUGCCUGACAUCUCGUCGCUCUCGAUCUCGUCGAUUUCCGACUACCACAACUUCGAUUUCCCAGGCAAGGACGCCCAGCGCGAGGCCGUCCUGGACCUGGUCGACCAACAGGGCUUCAUUCCGGAUGACGUGGUCGAGCACGAGGUCGAGUGGUUCUAUGACGCGCUGGGAAUCGACGACCUUUUUUUCUCCAAGGAAUCCCCUGAAAUGAUUGCAAACAUCAUCCACACGCUGUAUGCGUCGAAGGUAGAAUCCUUCGCGAAGCUCAAAAUCGCCGGCGAUUCCGCGGCCUCCGUCGAGGAUGGAUCGUCGCCCUCUAAUUUCACUGUGAAAAACCAGGUCGUCACCGAGACCCAUUCUGUCUUUAUGGAAACCGGCAACGACCUGGACAAAGAGAUCGACAGCAUGCUGCUCGACAACCCAACGCAACGCUACCGCCUUAUUUCUUACACUGCCGAAAGCGCGCUGAAACUCACGUUUGUCUAUCGCACAGUUUUUGCUGCAGAGGACCAAUCCGGUGCUGAACUGGCCCCCGAGCAAUUGUGCCAUGGCGAUAUUGACAGCAUUAGCGACCUAACUAUGUCCCAGGUUACCUCAAAAGAAAACAAAAAGCUUUACGGGCUUAUUAUGAACCAGAUGCGCCAACGAGAGGGCCCUGUUAUCAAGACUUUGCACUCAGUAGCAGACCAGGACGAGGUUCGUAUCGUGGUGGGCUUCAAGCGCGGGACCACCAAAAGUUAUUACGCAGCUCUGUCGUCUUUGCUACAUUACUACCACCUUAAGCCCUCCAAGAUCUACAUGGAGACUUUCACCAAUGAUGUCAUGAUCUACUCCCUGUACCUGAAACAAUCUCAACAGUCCGAGAGCGUUCUCAACAGUCUCCCAAUGUCUAUCAUGCAAAUCGAAAGAGAAGCUUCUUUGUUAUAUGCUAUUCCAAGUAACUUCUUCCAAGACCUGUAUCAGCAGAGAAGCUUCUCCCCACAAGAGGCUAUCUACGCCCACAUUAGCGCCAUCUUCAUCAACAACUUUAUUAACAGACUCGGUGACGACUACCAAAACCUGGUUGCUCAAAUAAGUGUUUCAGGAGCUAACAAGAACAACAAUUCAGCGCAGGAGGUGCUUGCUAGCCUGAAGAAAAAGCUAAGAAACGAGACAUACACCCAGCAGAUGAUCAUUGACGUCUUGCACAAAUACAAGAGUAUUGUAUCCAAGCUUUACAAGAACUUUGCUCAGGUCCAUUACGUUUCGUCCUCGUCUUCCAAAUUCGGAAAAACCCUUUCCUAUCAGAGGCUUUCGAAGCUGGAACCCUUCAAGGACGAUAAUGAGUUUGAGCUAUACUUAAACAAGUUCAUCCCCAAUGACUCUCCUGACAUGCUGGUUUUGAAAACUCUCAACUUGUUUAACAAGUCCAUUUUGAAAACUAACUUCUUCAUCACUAGAAAAGUGGCCAUCUCAUUCAGGCUGAACCCUGCCUUGAUCAUGCCAGAGGUAGAAUUCCCCGAAACCCCCUUCGGUAUAUUCUUUGUUGUCGGAAACACAUUCAAAGCCUUCCACAUUCGUUUCAGAGAUAUUGCAAGAGGUGGUAUUCGCAUAGUGUGCUCCAAAACCCAGGAUAUCUAUGAAGUCAACUCAAAGAUGGCGAUUGAUGAAAACUACCAGCUUGCUUCAACUCAACAACGCAAAAACAAAGACAUUCCUGAGGGUGGAUCAAAGGGAGUUAUAUUAUUGAAUCCUACCUUGACAUCUCCUGAGCAAACUUUCGUGGCCUUUUCUCAGUACGUCGAUGCAAUUAUCGAUAUCUUGAUUCAGGAUCCAUUGAAAGAGAAGUACGUUGACUUGCUAGGCCAAGAAGAAAUCUUGUUUUUUGGCCCUGACGAAGGAACUGCCGGGUUUGUUGACUGGGCAACUAGCCACGCCAAGAGCAGAGGCUGCCCUUGGUGGAAGUCUUUCUUGACAGGAAAGUCUGCCUCUAUGGGAGGAAUCCCACAUGAUGACUAUGGUAUGACUUCCCUCAGUGUCCGCGCAUUUGUUAACGGUCUUUACGAGACUUUGGGCUUGCAAGAGAAAACGAUACACAAAUUCCAAACAGGCGGCCCUGACGGAGAUUUAGGGUCUAACGAAAUCCUGUUGUCAUCAUCCAAUGAGCAAUAUGUGGCACUUGUCGAUGGUUCUGGAGUUUUGUGCGAUCCAAGUGGUUUGGACAUGGCAGAACUGAAGAGGCUUGCAAAUGAGAGAAAAAUGGUGACUUCUUAUGACAAAUCAAAGCUAAAACACCAUGGAUUCUUCGUCUCAGUUGACGAGGUCGAUAUCAUUCUACCAAACGGAGUUAUUGUCGCAAACGGUACCACAUUCAGAAACAGAUUCCACUUGGAAAUCUUCAAUUUUGUUGACAAAGUUGACCUGUUUGUUCCUUGUGGUGGUAGGCCCAAUUCCAUCGACAUCAACGUGUUGCAUUUCUAUGUUGACGAAAAAACCAGCAGGUGCAAGAUUCCUUAUAUUGUCGAAGGUGCCAACCUGUUCAUUACGCAACCAGCAAAGAUCGCUCUCGAGAACCAUGGUUGCAUUUUGUUUAAGGAUGCCUCGACUAACAAAGGAGGUGUUACUUCUUCUUCCAUGGAGGUCCAGGCUUCGCUAGCCUUGAACGACGCCGACUUCAUCAACAAAUUUAUCGGAAAGGAACCCCAGCAAAGAACUCCACUUUAUGCCGCGUACGUCGAAGAGGUUCAGGAUAGAAUCCAAAAGAACGCGCGUGCUGAGUUUAACCAGCUAUGGCAGUUAAACCAGUCAACCGGAACCCCCAUUUCUGAACUAUCCAACGUGCUCUCACAAACCAUCAACAAAGUCAAUGAUGAGCUCAUCAACUCUAAUGAGCUGUGGGUUAACGACUUGAAGCUGCGGAACUUUUUGCUGCUGAAGAAAAUUAUUCCAAAACUACUUAUCGACGUGGCUGGCCCAACCAGUGUUUUGGAGAACAUCCCUGUUUCUUACCUGAAAGCUUUGCUAUCCAGCUACCUUUCAAGCACCUAUGUUUACAGCUAUGGUAUUGACGUGAACAUUGGGAAGUUUUUGGAGUACAUUGGCGAAUUAAAGAGAGAAGCCGAGGAUUUCGCUCUGGCUUAA